UAUGUCAAGAACGACAUGCCACACAUGUGUUCGGUUUGGUUUUGUUGUUUACUAUAUGAGAAAUUGAUGUUUUCUACUAUACGCAGGGAAAAAGCAGAAGGUGUUCCGUCAUGUUGCGGUGCGAAUAAAGAGACGGAGAAAGGGAAAGGGAGGGGGUGUUUUCGGUUCGGCGUGUAUGUGUACGUGCGUCCGAGAUCACAGCAACAUUGGUGCGUUAGAGCAAGCGAUCCCAUAAUGUCCGAAUCAGCAUCAGACCGAGCAGCACCUCAGGACGUGCUCGAUGAGCUUUCCAAUGCUUCCUCUCCUCCCGUGCCCCAGUUAUCUUCUUCAACAUCUAGUGAAGAUGACAAAAGGCAAUGCUGGGUAUGCCUGAAUUCCGAUGAAGAUGAAGAAGAUGCAGAAGAGCUUGCUGCGAAUGGCCCUGCCGAGUGGGUGCAACCGUGUAAAUGUAAAGGAACAGCAAAAUGGGUCCAUCGAGCAUGCCUCAACAGAUUUAUUGAUGAAAAGCGAAAAGUUGAUGACCGAGUUAAAUGCCCUCAGUGUAAGACACGUUAUAUUAUUUCAGCACCUAAAAUGGGUUAUUUAUAUUCAAUUUUAGAUGAAGUUGACAUGCAAGUGCACAGAAUUUCUCCUAUUGUUGUGGGGUUUAUGUUAGCCAAAGCUGUCUACUGGUGUGCAGUUACUCAUGGCGCAGUCACUGUGAUGACGGUCAUGGGUUGCGAUGAAGGCCUUAGUUUAUUGGAAUCAUCAUCACCUAUACUUCUUUUGCUGGCCCUCCCAGCUAUUCCAACAGCUCUUAUUCUCAGCAAAAUGAUUUGCUGGGAGGAUAGACUAUGGCUUACAAUGAGAAAUCAUUAUGCUAAAAUUCCAUUUAUGCGAUACAUUCUGCCCUCUUUUGCUCCCACUAGUCAAGGACCAAUGGAACGGCUGCCUCCUCUAUUCAGCAAUGUGUGUGGAGAGCGCACUCUCAGUGGAGCACUCCUCAUGCCUAGUAUUGCAGCACUAGUUGGACGCUUGCUUUUUGAUUCAGUUGAAAAUAACCUCCACCGCACUCUCCUUGGAGGACUGACCUUUGUUGCUGUGAAAGGAGUAUUAAAAAUAUAUUUAAAACAUCAGCGCUACAUGCGUGUCUGCAGAUCAGUUAUCAUGAAUUAUCCGAAGAGACCUGAGUCUCAGCAGAGUGAUGGACCUGCUUGAAGUUACCUUGAAACUAUGUGUUGAAUCUCUGUGACCUGAAUCAGAUUAUUCUUUUCCAAUUAUUCCUUUAUAGAGCAAGAUUGAAGGUUACGAAUCUUCUUUCAAGAGUUAAAAAAUUUGCAGUGUGGGUACUUUGUUUUUAGUCAUAGUUACCAUAAAUCACGCUUGUCAAGUGCUGCAUCUUGUGCCAUGUACUGGUGAAUCAAUGAAUAUUUUCCUUAGUAUAUUUACAGAGGCCGUGUAAAGUAUAUUUAUUUUUUAUUAUUACUUGUAGAAUUCUCUUAAGUUUGUAUGAGGCAUCUCUGAGCUUCAGGUUUUCAUUCUUCAUGCUGUUUCAAGUGAUUGGUUUGGUACUUUCUUUCUUUUUGUUUAAUGUGGACAGGUUCCAUUGAAUGUCUUGUGAGUCUUCCUAUUGAUUUGACCUUUUUUUUUUCCUAAUCAAAAAUGAUGUAUUACAUGGAAAUAAAUAAAUAACUAGUUUCUGUAUCA